GCGGGCCCGGGGGGCCCCGGGGGGAACCGGGGGGAACCGGGGAGGCCCCGGGGAGUGCCCCGCGGCCCCGCGGGGCUCGUUGUGGCCGGGCUGAGGCGGCGCAGCCGGGCUGAGGAGGCCUCCUGGGCCUGAAUGCCGCCCGCGGUGCCGCCAGGCUCGGAGCCCGCGUCCCGGCGAGGGGUCCCCGCGCCCCGUCCGGCCAUGGAGAAGAUGUCGCGGUCCGGCGCGGCGCUGGGCGGCGCGGCGCUGUCGGGGCGCACCAUGUUCUGCCACCUGGACGCCCCCGCCAACGCCAUCAGCGUGUGCCGCGACGCCGCCCAGGUGGUGGUGGCCGGGCGCAACAUCUUCAAGAUCUACGGCAUCGAGGAGGAGCAGUUCGUGGAGAAGCUGAACCUGCGCGUGGGCCGCAAGCCCUCGCUCAACUUCAGCUGCGCCGACGUGGUGUGGCACCAGAUGGACGAGAACCUGCUGGCCACGGCCGCCACCAACGGCGUGGUGGUCACCUGGAACCUGGGCAAGCCGUCGCGCAACAAGCAGGACCAGCUCUUCACCGAGCACAAGCGCACGGUCAACAAGGUCUGCUUCCACCCCACCGAGGUGUACAUGCUCCUCAGCGGCUCGCAGGACGGCUACAUGAAGUGCUUCGACCUGCGCAAGAAGGACUCCGUCAGCACCUUCUCCGGCCAGUCGGAGAGCGUGCGCGACGUCCAGUUCAGCAUCCGCGACUACUUCACCUUCGCCGCCACCUUUGAGAACGGGAACGUGCAGCUGUGGGACAUCCGCCGGCCCGACCGCUACGAGAGGAUGUUCACGGCCCACAACGGCCCCGUCUUCUGCUGCGACUGGCACCCUGAGGACCGGGGCUGGCUGGCCACAGGCGGCCGGGAUAAGAUGGUGAAGGUGUGGGACAUGAACACCACGCGGGCGAAGGAGAUCUACUGCGUGCAGACCAUCGCCUCCGUGGCCCGAGUGAAGUGGCGCCCGGAGUGCAAGCACCACAUCGCCACCUGCUCCAUGAUGGUGGACCACAACAUCUACGUCUGGGACGUGCGGCGCCCCUUCAUCCCCUCCGCCAUGUUCGAGGAGCACAAGGACGUCACCACGGGCAUCGUGUGGCGCCACCUCCACGACCCCUACUUCCUCCUGUCCGGCUCCAAGGACAGCACCCUCUACCAGCACAUCUUCAAGGAUGCCAGCCAGCCCAUCGACCGGGCCAACCCCGAGGGGCUGUGCUACAGCCUCUACGGAGACCUGGCCUUCGCGGCCAAGGAGAGCCUCAUCUCCUCCGACUCCAACCGCAAGCCCUACAUCGGGGACCGCCGCCACCCCAUCUUUUUCAAGCGCAAGCUGGACCCCACGGAGCAGUUUGAGUACAUCUCCUCCUCGAGCGCCCUCAGCGUCUUUGAAACGGACGUGGAGAGCGGCAGCAUGGACUGGUUUGUGCACACAGCCAAGCAGUACGCGCUGGCCGGCCGGCCGCUGGCCGAGCUCUGCGACCACAACGCCAAGGUGGCCAAGGGCUUGGACCGCAACCAGGUGGCUCAGACGUGGACGAUGCUCCGGAUCAUCUACUCCAGCCUCGGCACCGUGUCGUCCGCUAACCUCAAUCACAGCAUGGGGAAAGGCAGCGCCGCCCUCCCGCUCAUGAACAGCUUCAACCUGAAGGACAUUCCCUCUGGGUUGGGCAGCGAGUCGAGACUGGAUCGCAGCAAAGGAGAAAGCCGCACGGAAAAUAUCCUCCUGGAUUCCUCCUCCACUCUGAUCAACAACGAAGACAACGAGGAGACGGAGGGCAGCGAUGUCCCUGCGGACUACCUGCUGGGAGACGUGGAAGCGGAUGAGGAUGACCUGUACAUGAUGGACCACGAGAACCCGCACGCUGAGGAGCAGGAAUACAGCCUUCCCCAGGAGGCCUUCCCUCUGCGCCACGAAAUUGUGGACAACCCGUCAGCCUUGGACCACCUGCAGGACAAGGCUGAUUCCCCUCACGUCAGCGGCAACGAGGCUGAGACGGUGUCACUGACGCCCGUGGAGUCCUUCUCCCUCAUCUCCAUCUCCCACUCGCUCUACGAGAACCGCCUGCCCUCCGACUUCUUCAGCCCCAUCGUGCGGGACACGCUGCUCUUCUACGCCGAGCAGGGGGAUGUGCAGACGGCCGUGUCCGUGCUCAUCGUGCUGGGAGAUCGCAUCCGCAAGGAGAUCGAUGAGCAGACCCAGGAGCACUGGUACACCUCCUACAUCGACCUGCUGCAGCGCUUCCAGCUCUGGAACAUCUCCAACGAGGUGAUCAAGCUGAGCACGUGUCGCGCCAUCAACUGCCUCAACCAGGCCUCCACCACCCUCCACAUCAACUGCAGCAACUGCAAGCGGCCCAUGAGCAACAGGGGCUGGAUCUGCGACAGGUGCCGGCAGUGUGCCAGCAUGUGCGCCGUGUGCCACCACGUCGUGAAGGGGCUCUUCGUCUGGUGCCAGGGCUGCAGCCACGGCGGCCACCUGCAGCACAUCAUGAAGUGGCUGGAGACCAGCUCGCACUGCCCCGCGGGCUGCGGCCACCUCUGCGAGUACACCUGAGCCCCGCCGCCGGCACCGGCCCCUCGCCACGGGUUUUGGGGGGGGGGGGGUGGCAGGAAUUGGUGCCGCGGUGGGGGGCGACUCCCUGCGUAUGUGUAUUUAUUUUGGGGAUCCUGUGUACAGAGCCUGGGGGCAGGGGGCUCCCCGUCCCCCUGCGCGUGCCGUUUUGUACCGAAUUAAAACCAAACCAGCCUCGGGG